AUGAGCUUAUCCCAGUGCAAGCUGGGGUGUGGGGAGUGGUGCUGUCAGCAGGGCCAUGACGUCAUGUUCGAGAUGUACUGUGAUACAUGGCACAGCUUCCAUGACGUCACCUGCGUGACACCUGAACAAUAUCAACAAAUAUUUUCAUCAUACCCUUCCUUCAAUGUAAUGCAAUCAAAGCUCCUGGAAGAUGUCCUGUAUACAGACAGACCUAUUGUAGUUGCAGCUCCUACUGGCUCUGGAAAAACAGUUAUAUUUGAGCUAGGUAUAAUAUGGUUAUUAAUGAAGAUAAAAGAACAGACACGUGACGCAAAUUUCAAGAUAGUGUACAUGGCUCCUAUUAAGGCAUUGUGUAGAGAAAGGGUUCAAGACUGGACCUCAAAGUUUUCCUACCUGGGCCUGAAGUGUCAAGAGGUCACUGGGGACUCAGAUGCCACUGAUUUAUACCAUUUAUUAGAUUAUCAUAUAUUAUUUACAACACCAGAGAAAUGGGAUUCACUGACAAGAAAAUGGAGAGAUAAUCACAUGCUUGUAGAAGUUGUUAAACUAUUUUUGAUUGAUGAGGUCCAUGUUCUAAGUGAAGAAAGAAGAGGACCCAUCAUAGAAGCAGUGAUAAGCCGUAUGAAAAUAAUAGAAGAAACACUUAAUUAUAAGAAACCUGAGAUCAGUCACAAAUGUCUCCCAUUUCCUGUUCGUUUCAUAGCAGUAUCUGCUACGCUCCCUAAUAUUGAAGACAUUGCUACAUGGCUUGGCAAGUUUGAUAAUCCUGCAAAAUAUUUCAAAAUAAGUGAAGAACAUCGUCCAGUAAAAUUACAUAAAAUUGUGCUAGGCUAUAACUGUCCUCAAAAUAUGUCCCAGUUUCGAUUCGAUAUAUCACUAAGCUACAAGUUAAAGCCACUUCUGCUCCAGUACUCAGAUGGUAAGCCUACACUCAUAUUUUGUAGCACAAGGAAAGGAGUCAUUCAGACAACAGACACACUUUGUCAGCAGUUAACAUUUCAUUUUAAUGUUAGUCAAAGAGAGCAUAUAAUUAAAGCAAUUUCAAAUAUAAGAGAAAAUAAAUUAAAAGAAUGUGUUAACUGUGGAGUGGGCUUCCAUCAUGCGGGCAUGGAUCUUAAUGAUCGUUAUGUCAUAGAAACACUAUUUCGAAGUGGUUACCUCCCUGUACUAGUUGCUACAUCAACAUUAGCACUUGGCGUAAACUUACCAGCCCAUCUAGUGAUUGUCAAGUCAACACAGCAUUAUAUGGGAGGAGUGUAUGCAAAUUAUUCAGACAGCCAAGUACUUCAAAUGAUUGGCCGUGCUGGAAGGCCACAGUAUGAUACAGAAGCAACAGCAAUAAUAAUGACAAAAGAAAAUGAAAAAGAGAAAUAUGAAAAACUUAUUGAAGGCAAGGAUUUAAUAGAAAGCAACCUACACCGACAUUUAAAAGAACAUAUUAAUUCAGAAGUAGUUCUUCGUACAAUUACAGAGACAGCUGUUGCUAUGAAUUGGAUGCGUUCCACUUUCCUUUAUGUACGUGCAAUACGAAACCCACAGUAUUAUGGAAUCCCUACACACUUUACAAAAAAAGGCAUAGAAAACAAACUGCAGGAAAUGUGUCUGCGAGAACUUAAUGCACUAGCAACAAAUCACCUGGUGAGAAUGGAUGUUUUUGAUGUACAACCAACAGAAACAGGACGCCUAAUGGCACAUUAUUACAUAGCAUUUGAAACAAUGAAGAUCUUUAGCACAAUGACAGGAGAAGAAAACUUAUCACAGAUGCUUCAGCAUGUGACAAGCUGUUCAGAAUUUUCUGUGUUCCAGUUGCGGACAAGUGACAAAAAAUGUUUGAAUUCCCUCAAUAAAGUGGGUUUACGCUAUCCUCUAAAAGGCCGUAUAAAGACAAAAGAAAUGAAAGUAAAUUGUCUUAUACAGGCAGCUUUUGGAUGUCUCACGGUAGAAGACCCAUCUCUGCACCAAGAAAUGAUUCAUAUUAUACGAAUUGGUCAACGUAUAACUAAAUGCCUGGUACAUUGUAUGUUGUUAAAAUCUUGCUACAGAGGUGUUCUAAAUUCUAUAGUUUUAGCAAAAUGUUUCCACUGUCGCUUAUGGGAAAACUCCCCUUAUGUCUCUAGGCAGUUAGAUCGAAUUGGUCCUGUUUUAUCAGAAUUAUUGGUGGUGACUGGGAAAAAAUCUUUCAAAGAUAUUGCUGAUUCCAAUCCAAGAGAUUUGGAGAGAAUAUUAAAUCGGCCACCACCAAUGGGAAACAAACUUCAGGAAUCUGCAAUGCAUUUACCAGAAUAUCAAAUAAAAAUAAAAUCAACUGUCUUCAACUACACUUAUUAUAUUGAAAUAGAGCUUUCAAUUUGUAACAGUGAAGCGAUAAGGACUGCAAAUACAGCAGGUCCUAAUCAUGGUCCUUGUGUGAUAAUAGGCGAUUCAAUCAACAAACUUCACAUUUUUAGGAGACUCAAAGAUGUGCAUAUCAUUGACAGUGAACAAAGAUGGACAUUAAAGAUAGAAGAAAAAGUUAAAGAUGUGUUUGUACAUGUUAUUAGUGAAUACUGGGUGGGUAUAGAUGUACGUACAACCAUACAACUGUUAAAGAUUUCAGAAACCCCACCAGCUGAACCAGAUCUGACAGUUAAUAAAGAAAGAAAUAGUGAUUAUAAGUGCACUAAAAAUAUUCCUGAAACAGUACAAGAAAACAUGGCACAAGAAAGUAAGAAACGACGUCCUUCAUUCUUAGAUUUCAAAGCAGCUACAGAUCAUUUUUUGCAGACAACUGGUGGCAAAAGAUUUCGGCUCAAAAAUGACAAGCCUAACUGUUCUCUAGAACUGUUUCUGCAUACUCCUCUGAAAGAGAAACAACUAUUUCCAACUAACUCUAAGAAAGGGCCAGAGAAAACAAUACAGAUUUAUGAAACUGAUAAGCCAUGUUGUAGACCAAUAAAAUUGAGUCAAACAAUUUCUAAUCAUGCAUUUUUACAAUUGCAGAAGCAGUUCAGAAAACCUCCACUUAAUUACAGCAAAAAGGCUCGCAUGGCCCAUGAAAUACUUUUGAACAACAAUACACAUUUACAUGCUUCUGAUCAAGGACAACAAUAUUCCAUAGACAGUUGCUCUUCCACGGCACAGCAAGAACCCAUGAUAGUCAAAAUCAAUCCCAAAAAGUAUGGUAAUCAGUUGAUAAACGGUAACAUGUCCGAAGGUUCUUCAGUGAGUCAAGCUAGCUGCAAGGAAGACUCCAGCAUUGUUUCUGUUGUAACAAGUAAUGUUAAAAUGCUAAAUUGCUUCUACAGAAGGAGUGGUUCAACUGAUGAUACACCAAACAAAAUAGCGGAAAAAAUAUUUAAGUUACCAGAAAGAGAACAAUCACACUGCAUUAUACAUCAAAACCAAAUUAACACUCAUGAAAAGCCAUUGCAGGAGAAAGUAACUGCAGCAGCACCAAAAGAUGAUGCAAAAGAAAUAACUGCCCUGAAUGAAGUCUACAACCAGUCUCUCAAAAUAAAAAAUAACAACUGCAAUUCUAGCAAAUACUGCUCUUCAGUGGACAGCUCACUUCAAAUUUCUUUUGAUUUAGGUAUUGAACAGAUUCUAGACAAAGAUCUGUUCACGGACGACACUCCCUCUGCCAGCGGUCAGACGGAACCCGCACCCGGAGCCGCCGGUGACGCACAGCUGCAGCCUGCUGUCAUCGCGCCGCCACGUGCGCCUCCCUCCACCACGCCCAGGCAGCUGGUACGGCCGCCCGGACCGCGCCCACCACAGGCGCACCGGUCGCCCCCACCACAGCCGCCAGCGGACUACGUCACGCGCGCCGGCCGCCGCGACCGAUUCAAACGGCCGUGCUGCGUCGCCAGCGCGCCACGACACCCAAACCGGCAAUCACGCGUCUGA